CUCCUUUGUAUCCGUCAACAAUAACAUGACACGCUCAUCACGAACAGAAGGAUUCGGUAAAUAUACGCUUAAUUACUGUUUUUUUUUGAAUUAUUCAACUCGUCAUUGUUAUCAUGUUACUUGGAUCGUCUUCCCGCCCCUCGUCCAAAGAUAUAUCAAUGGCGACUGUUUUACUCGAACAACAACUGCUGCUUCGCGCGGCUGUGGACGAAAUGAGUCAUCCGGAUUUUAACAGAACCGAAGUACGAAAGUUCCUCGCGCUUGCGUCACAAUAUAACGGACGUAUGCAGGAGCUAUAUCCAUACGAAGACCACACAUCAGAAAGCAACUGGUCAACAAAGCGCCCCAGGCCAACCGAUGAAGGUUCUGCUGAAAGAGCAUUUAUCGACAAAUUCAAGCGUGACAUUGUAGCUCGCACGGGCCAUAUGAAUUGGAAUGUUUGCUUGGCACAUGGGCGGGCUCAGGGCCUCUUUCAUCGCUUUUUAGCUGGGCAGUCACUUCGACAAUGGAACCAACGGCGCAAGUAAUAAUCUCCACACCCUUUCCUUCCCUGUUAAAAUUCUACUAAUCAUCCAAUCUUGCCAUCAUCUAAUAAAGUACCUCC